AUGAGCACGCUCAUCCCCUGCAGAAGUCACGCCGGUGAAAGAAGGCACACACCGAGUGACGGAUCACGGGGGUGCUCACCGAGCAGCCGCCGCGGGGCUCAGGCGGAGCAACCACGGAUAACGGGCACCGUCCCGCUCCUCCCACGCGUCCCGCUCCGGCUCCCCCGCACACGGGGCCCCUCAGGGCCCGCAGCCGGGGCCGCCCCGCCGAGCCCGGGCCUCUCACCGCCCGGCACUGGAGCCCGAGCACGGGGAGGCCCCUCAGGGCCAGGGAAGCUCGGGUAUUUGCAACAGGAGAAACUUCUAGCUACCUGCCGUGAAUUUAUUUUGGAAAGCUCAGAUUUGAAAGAAUAUGCAGAGCACUGUACAGAGGAUGGGUUUAUUCCAGCCUGCUUGCUGUCUCUGUGUGGGAAAAACUUGACAACUAUUCUUAAUGAAUAUGUGGCCAUGAAAACAAAAGAAACAACAAAUGAAGUUCCAGCAAUGAUGUCAUCUCUGUGGAAAAAAUUAGACUAUACACUUUCUCAGAUCAGGAGCAUGCAGAAUUCCACAGGAUUUUCUGCUAAUCAAAGGACACGUACAAGAACUGGAAUUGUAGAAAUGAAAAGACAGAGGAUGCUUCAGCAAUCAGCUUCUGCAAACUCAGGAUUGUUGUCAGUAGUAGCCCAUCAGUCAGGGCCACAGAAUUCCCCUUCUGUUAUAUCUCCUCAAGUUAUUCACAGGCCAGCAAUAAAUCAAAGCACAUCACAGACAAGACUGAAUACGUUGUUUGUGCACCAGUCACAAACCCAAGAGAACAAGAUCAGCAGAGAUUUCAUACACAUUCAAGUUCCAGCAUCACAAGAACGAAAGCUUCAUUCAAACUUGCUUUCUCCAGGAAGACGAAAAAGUGAAUCUCAGAAGAGGAAAAGCAUUACAACCUCUGGACCUCUUUCAGCAACUAGAAAUUCUCAAGGCCCUGAAGAAGUAGUAAUAGAAAAGCAACUGGUUAUUGAAAAUGCCAGAGAGAAAAUCUUGAGCAACAAAUCUCUUCAGGAGAAGCUUGCUGAGAACAUUAACAAAAUUCUGGGCAGUGAUGGCAAUGUUGCUCAGGGCCCUAAGCAGACAGACAGUGGUCCCACGGAACAAGAGACUUCUAUUGAUGAAAUCCUUGGACUUCAGGGUGAAAUUCAUAUGUCAGAAGAGGCUAUACAAGACAUUCUAGAGCAGACAGAAUCAGAUCCAGCAUUUCAGGCACUCUUUGACUUGUUUGAUUAUGGAAAGAGCAAGGUAAACAAGAACUUACCUGAUGAUGUUUCUGGUCAGAGCGAAGUAGAAAAUGCAAUCCUGGUGGAUGAGGAUAACCUAGAAACACUUGAAAGUUCUUUAGGAACAGAAGAAACUAGUAGAUGUGAGAGUUCCAGAGAAUCACUGUCCUGUAAAGGUUUUCAGGUAGGAGAAGCAUCAUGUGCCUUGAAGACUAGCAUUAAUGAUGAUAUGGCUAAGAAAAAUACAACCAACGAACAGUUGCAUGGACAUUGUAGACCAAGGAAGCAGACUGAAGUACUUAAAACUGUUACCUCUGAACAUCUUGGAGAGCUUGAAAUCGCUUUUGAAUCUGUGCCUGGUUUGACUGAAGUGAACAAGAGACAGAGUUCUGAUGGGGAAUGUCAUGAACACCGUGGAGAUUCUUACAAACAAGAUUCCUCUGUGUUAGUAUCUGAAAGUGAAAGAGCAGUGGAGAUUGAAAAAGGCCCACUAAGUCAUAGUGCUCAAGGUAGUCCCAAUUUAGACUAUGUUCAUUCUGGUAGUCUGCAGAUUUCUUUGAUGUCACUGGCAGAAGGUACUGCAGCUAGUGAAAACAAAACACAUCCUGGAAGCAAAUGUCACUUAUCGCCAGAUACGUCACUGUCUGAAAAAACACUUCCUGAAAGCCCUUCUGGUGGGAGCUCCAGCCAAAGUGUACUGCUGAGAAAAAACAAUUCAUCAGUUUCUAGCCCAUCAGCAGUUUCAGGAAAAGAACAGGCCAUAACAAAGGAUACAGCUGCCUUAGCUGGUAUUUUAGAGGAGAAUUCCAGCCACCACUCUAACCGCCAGGAGCAGAGUGUGCAGCCAGACUGUGCAGAAAGAUCUGCAGUGAAGAUUUCAGAUCUUGACAAGUUGCAGCUUGAAGUUGUUGAUACUUCUAACAAAACAAAUGAUCAGCAUACACUUGAUAAGCCUUGUAAGAAAGAUUUUAACCUUGCUUCAGGACUGUCACAUUCAGAGGGACCACACCGGGAAAUGCAAGAACCUUCAUCUUCUACAAAAGUAGAUGCUGAUAAUAUGCAUUUUGCUUCUGGUGAUGAUGCGUGUACAGAAAUUUCUGUAGUAUCCACUGAGAAUAGUCUUUCUACAUCUGAAAUAAGCCACUCUCCUCUCCCAGAAACUGCAUCCUCAACAGAGGAGUCAGGUACAGAAGCCAAAAGUCUGAGUGGUGUAUCUUCUAGUAGUCAACCAAUGGAUGUUGAUCCUUCUAACAUAAUGUCCCUCAAGAUCAUCAUCAGUGAUGAUCCAUUUAUUUCAUCAGAAACAGAGUUAAAUAAUGCUGUUUCCAGUAUCACAGGAGAAAAUUUGCCAACUAUAAUAUUGUCUUCUCCAGCCAAAUCCCCAACCAAAAAUGCAGGCCUGUCCAAAUGUGUCACUUCAGAAGAUGCAGAAAAAAAUGUAGAUUCAUCUUUGGCAGAGCAGAAUCUUCUGGUGCUUAGACCUAAGGAUCCCGUGGUCACCUCAGUUAGCACUCCGAAUGAAGACUGCACUGUUUUUUCAGUUGCAGGUACCACUAAUCUUUCCAAGGAAGGGGGAUUUAUACAGUUGAUGCCAGCAACAAGCACAGCUUUUGGGAAUUCAAACAACCUUUAUAUAGCCACCUGUGUGACUGAUCCAGCUACCUUGGGCACAGCUGUGACACCUUCAAAUGUAGUUGUGUUGCCUGGCAAUUCUAUGCCACUUGCUGCCCAAGCUCCAGCUGUACAACAGUUACGGACUCCUCCGAGAACAACCAAUACAUUUGCAGCAAACCAGACUGUGUCCCCAAACUUCCCACAAGGUUCUGCCAUUAUAAUUGCAUCUCCAGUGCAACCUGUUUUGCAAGGAAUGGUGGGAAUGAUACCUCUCUCAGUAGUAGGACAAAAUGGAAAUACCUUCCCAGCACCUGCCCGCCAGGUUCUACAUAUGCCUGUGGCUAAUCCAGUGUGCAACAGAAGUGUCCCAAAACUUCCCAUCCCUCCCAAAUCACAAAAGAUUCCUGGAGGGAGAAACAAGGCUAAUACAGGAAAACCGGUACCAAGUGUAGCUGAGCCUCUCAACCACGCCAAUCCUCGAACUCAAAGGACUGCAAAUUCAGACAAGCUUAUCACUGCAGAACUAGGAAGGAAAGUGGAGGAGAACUUACCUGUUGCAUCAGUGGAGAGUACAAGCUCAAAUUCAAGACAAGGUGAAAGUCACAGGAGAGUGCUUUGCUUUGAUAACGUCCUACCUGCUCCAGGAGGAAACACUCAAAUUCAGACUCCUAAGAGUUUAUCCCAAAAAGAAAGAAAUGAAAAUACUUUAUUUGCUGUUGACUCUGCAUCAUCCUCUGCUAAAGCACAGCCAGCAAAAAGAGAGAAGGAUAAAACGUUGCCUAGAAUUCUAUGUAAGCCUGAAGUUGGUAGCAACAGAAGCACAUCUGCCAAGGAGCCCCAGCCUGAGCGGAAGGUGGCAACUGCAGGGCUUCCACUGGAUCCCUUCCACAAGGCCACAGCAAACAAAGAAAAUGAAUUACGAAGAGAUACUGAUGAGAAACAGAAGAACCAAGACACUGCCAAACUCUCAAAUGGCCAGCAAAGUGUUGGCUUAUGGAAUGAGAAGACAGUUGCUGCAGUGCAAGAGCUGAGCAAGAAGCAAGGGUCGCUGUCCAGUGGGACUGGGAAGUCGCCAGUGCCCACUCCCUUGGCUUCGAAGGAGGCAAAGCGAGAACCAGCCAAAGUUUCCAGCCAAGGCCUUUGCCUCUCGAGCCCAUUCACUAAACAAUGUGUGGAAAUGUUGCAAGACAUUCAGUGGCACAGCCCGACUAGUAAAAUGGGUGACAAUGGAGAACUGCCCGUGCCCCGCACGCCGUCCGGCGUCGGGGACAGACACACGGACGACACGACAGACAGCGUCCGGACACCUACCUGCCGGCGCUUCAACGAGGACAGCACCACCCCUAGAAUAAUGGUACCCCCUGCUACACCUGACCUGCCUGCCUGCAGCCCGGCCAGUGAAACAGGUAGUGAAAACAGUGUCAGCAUGGCUGCUCACACGCUGAUGAUACUGUCACGAGCAGCUAUUGCAAGGACUAGCACUGCAACCCCCCUGAAGGACAAUACUCAACAGUUCAGGUCUUUACGGAGCACAGUAAAGAAAAGGAAACUAGAGGACUUGAAUGAGGGUGAGAGAAAUUCUCGUUCUGCAAACAGAAAAGACCUUCAAAGUUCUCCAACAGCAUCAAAAAAGAAGAAAAUAAAGAAAAAGAAACUACCAAAUUCGUUUCCAGCAGGAAUGGACGUGGACAAGUUCUUGUUGUCAUUGCAUUAUGAUGAAUGA